AUGCUAGUCAUCGGCUGCGAUAGAAUUCGAUCGAAAGUGCGGCAAUUCGUGAUUGGGGAAGGCGACAAUAAUCCUGCUUACCAUACACACUAUACCUAUAAAUAUGCGUUCCGCGGCCUACUCCCGAUGGAAGAAGCAUAUGCUGCUCUUGGCUAG